CAGGUUGGAAAGAGACUACAAAUACAACCACCCACCACUCGGCGGGUGGCAGUAGCGAGCAGUCACCUGUAUUUCAAGAUGAGUACAAGAAGAAGAAGUUUUUUUUUUUUCUUUUUUUUUUCUUCAACUUUGCCUCGCUGUUUUUUUUUUUUUUUUUUUAAAUGUUUUAUUUAGGAACACAAAACAUACAGGUUAAAUUGGCAGAAGGUGAACUAGAAAUACAGGAAGCAACAGAAAAUCAGACGAAGGUCAAGACCGCUUCACUUCCGCAUUCCUUGGUGUGGUCAUGUUUCGAAUAAAAAAAACAAAACGCAAAAGAUGCGCGAUUUCCAAGCAGGCAGCCGAUGAUGAUGAUGAUGAUGAUGAUGAUGAUGAUGAUGACGAAGCCGUCCACCGUCCACGAGGAGGAACGACGCCGACAUUUCGAGAUGUUUUACUUGUUGCUGCUGAUUUCCUGCUUGCCGCACGGGGGCGCCGCAUCCCCAAUAAGUUGCUACAACGACCAGGGAGAGGCCACCGACUGGUUUUACGUGUACAAGCUGCCGAAGGACCACGGCAGCGUUUCGGGUUUGACGUACUUGCUGAUGGAGGCGGGCGGCGCCGGCUGGACGCCCGGCAAGGGGACCGUCAACGACACGGCGGGCGCCCUGGGCAGCACGCUCGGACAACUCUACGUGCAGGAAAAUAGCACGGAAGUGGCGUACGUCCUUUACAACGAUCAGGAUCGACCGAGAUGGCGUCGCGGCAGAGGAGGACACACGAAAGGUGCGGUGCUGCUGGACAAGCGUCAGGGUUUCUGGCUGCUGCACAGCACGCCCGUCUUCCCCCCGGCGCGCCCGGCGGGACGCUACAGCUACCCCGACAGCGGCGCCACCUACGGGCAGAACUUCCUGUGCGUCACCUUCCCGCUGGAGCGCUUCCACGCCAUCGGCGAGCAGCUGCAGAUCAACCAGCCCAACGUGUACGACUGCGACGUCCCGCCGUCCUUCGCGGCGACCGCGCCGGCUCUGGCCGCCGUCUGCAAUAAAGGCGGCGCGCGUGUCCCGGCCGCCAAUCGCAGCGUCGCGCUGACGUCCAAAGGCGGCGCCCGCUUCGUCAGCUUCGCCAAGGGGGCCGCGUUCGACGACGACCUGUACCACUCGUGGGUGGCCCCCACCCUGCAGUCGGACCUCCUGGUGCAGUUCUGGAUCCACUCGGGCGGCAUCCUCCCGUCCGACUGCACGCUGGGCUGGAAGGUUCUGGACAUCACGCGCCUUUCCCCGGGCGGGCUGGCGGCCUACAGCAACAGCAAGGACCACUCCAAGUGGGCCGUCAGCCCGCUGCCGGCGGCGGUAGGCGGCGGCGGAGGCUGGCUGUGCGUGGGCGACAUCAACCGUAACGAGGCGGAGGAGAAGCGAGGCGGCGGUGCGCUUUGCCAGCGCAACGCCGCCGUGUGGAAAGCGUACCGGGCCGCCGCGCUCCAGUACCAGCCGUGCCGGGACCCGGGGAGCAAGCGCCUUCAAUUUGCCUAAUUAAGACUUUUUUUUUUUUAUAACAAAUAAUCAAUAUUUCUACGUCAAUUUAAAAAUUCAAUGAAAAUAUUUUAUAUUUGAUUAAAAAUCUGCUGUUUUCUUUUUAUCUGAAAAAGUGACUUUUUAUUUUGUAUAUUUACCCCCCCCAAAAAAAUCUGAGAUUUGUGAAAAAUUUCACAAAAUGCGGAGUUAAUGCGAAAUGAAAAUGGAGAUACAUGUGAACAAAUUCACAAUAUUUGGGAACAUCAAAUAUUUAAUAUUUGAUUGAAAACUCAUCUAACCAUAAUGUAACGUUCGAUCCAAUUACGAUGCAAGCGUGUCGGUCUCGAAUGUGAAAUUGUCCGCCUCCUACGAAAGCCCGAAUGUGGAUGGAUGUCGUGUUCCUUGCUCGCAUUUGUCCAAAUGUUUGCCCCCUCAGCGUUUGCCGGUUGAGGCGGGCCAGGAAGCGGCAGGCGACGUGAUGGUUUUCGAACAACAAAAAUCACGUGACGGAUGUCAACGUAAUCAUCUCUGCACAAACGCCACUGGCUCGAGGCGGCCAUCUUCCUUCGAACCCUUGACCCUGGCGAGGAGUGCGCACCUCAAAGUGCAGUCGCCGUACCUGGCCAGUGGGUGGCAUGCUAUGCGAUGCGACGGUCUAUAGGCUUCGACAGUAGUUCAAUAAAUGCUCGUCUCAAUUGUAAUAAUCCAUUUCUUUUCAUUUUGACUUUAUUUCUACAGGCAAUAAUCCAAAGCUCUUCACAUGAAAACACAACAGCCUUUUUCUUGCAAAGACGACGACAAGCGUUGUUGGCAGAUGUUCUUUUAAUGGGCGGCGUCCAAAAUGUUCCGCUGUGGUAGAAAGUACAUUUGGCGUGUACAAAAAUAGGACAUUUAUUGGCAAUAUUUCCACGCGGGCGGAGGUGGUGGGCACCUCGUUGAGGAAGGCACAAAGAAAAGCAUGGCUAGCAGAGCUAGCGUACGUCAUUUAGCUUCCAUCGUAUCAGAAUGAUCGGAAUUCGCUCCUCGGCCGACCGGGACGCUUCAGCGGCGCCGAGCGCGCGCGAGACCUCCGCCGGUCCCGGUGGGACUUCGACUUGGACAUUUCACAGAGCGCGUUGAGACACGAUGGAAAAAGUUCCGUUUUGCCUCGACGACUUCAGCGCACGUGAUAAUUGGAUAUUUAAAACGCCAUCAAAACCCCAAAAAUCUUCAGGAUAAGGAUAAAAAAAAAAAAAAAAAAAAAAA